AUGUGGAAAUGUCUUUAUUUGCAACGAUGCCGCAUUCACAGCUCGGCCCAGGUGCUGAAGAAAGCUCCUGUGAGGUUGAAGGGGAAGAGUGGAGCAGAGCAGCGCUGGAUGGUGCGACAGAUCAACGACCCCUUCGUUAAAGCAGCUCACCUUCAGCACUUCCGGUGCAGGAGCGCCUUCAAACUGCUGGAGAUCGAUGACAAAUACCGCCUUCUCAAGCCUGGUCUCAGUGUCAUAGACUGCGGUGCUGCACCCGGAGCCUGGAGCCAAGUAGCAGUGCAAAGGGUCAAUUCAACUGGGGAAAGGCCUGAUUUAGCCAGAGGGUGUGUAUUUGGAAUAGAUCUACUGCACAUUGCUCCUUUGCAAGGUGCCCACUUCCUGUCCAACCGGGAUGUCACCAGCCCCUCUACUCACGCCGAGCUGCAGGAGCUCCUUCCUCAAGCUUACGCUGAUGUCAUCCUCAGUGACAUGGCACCCAACGCCACUGGGCUCAGGGAGCUGGACCAGGAGAGACUCGUGUGCAUGUGUCUUUCACUGCUUGAGCUAGCCGAGAAGCUGCUGCGGCCUGGUGGCUCACUGCUGUGUAAGUACUGGGAUGGAGCGCUUGCACCUAAGCUCCGGGAAGGUCUUACCCGUGCUUUUCAAGACGUGAAGACCGUGAAGCCCAAAGCAAGUAGGAAAGAGUCGGCUGAGUUAUAUUUCCUAGCCAGGACAUUCAGGAAAACCUAGUAUCACUCUUCAUGGAUGUAGAUUAUUGACAGAAUUUUUCAAAGGUUGUUUUUGAAGCAUGGUGUAUCAGGGAUAACUCAUUUUGUUUUUGUAUUGUUGUUGUUUUGUUUUGGGUUUUUUUUUUUUCUUUCAAAUGUAUGAACGUGAUAUGACAAAAAUCAGGAUAUCACGAUAAUUGAAGACAUUUCUACGAUACAUGAUGCACAUCACGAUAUAUAAUUUAGCUAACAAACUGUCUGCAAUUAAAAUAAACAAAAAAAAUUAAUGCGAGUUUGACGAUACUUUUCCUUAAUGCCUACAAAGGCAAAGAAGAUUAAGUAAAAAAAAACAAACAAACAAAACAAUUUUUAUUACAUCAAAUCAACGGCAUCUAUUCAGUACCAUUGAAUUUGUUAUUAUUAAAAGCGACAAAAGUACAUCACCAUACCAACGAUAUCUCAGAAAAGCGUAUCACGUAGUUGUUCAUCAUGAUAUUGAUGAUAUAUCGAUACAUCGUCCAGUCUUAGUUGUUGCAUAACCACAGAAGCCUUCAUUGAUUGGUUCUGAAUAUACAGCAUGCCUGCAUAACUGUUUAUUACAUCUGUUAAUAUUUGUUCGUGGGCUGUGUUUGGCAGAUGUACUACAGAGAAAUAACGAAUAUAAAAAUUAUCAUUAAAAACCACACAGCAAAAGA